AUGCGUACUCUGAUUGAAGCCGGUCAUAUGGCUGUCACUUUGAGCAAUGCCUGGACUGCCAAGGUCAUCACAAAUGCCUGGUGGGUUCGGUAUGAUCAGGUGUCGAAGACUGCCCCGUCGGGCGAAUACCUCACCACCGGCUCUUUUGUUAUUCGCGGUCGCAAGAACCUCCUUCCUCAGUGCCACCUCACGUAUGGCUUCAGCGUCCUCUUUGGGCUUGCUGAGGACUCUCUGGACCACCACAAGGGUGAACGUUGUAUAGAGGCAGGGGCUUCGGAGGACGUCCAUGCGUCUCUCAAGAAAUACGAGUGCCCCUCCCUCCUGGAAACUAAGGACGGAGGAGAAGGAGAAGGUGGUGACAGCGCAGACGAACUGGCCCAGGCCUUGGAUGAUGUCUCUCUUAAACUGAAUAUUAAUCGGUCAUCGUUUGACCGUUUUCCUUCGACUGUUGUCUUUCUAAACGGCAACCUGACUCUUGUGCUUGCUCGGUUGCUAAGGUCUGCCUGUGGUCGCGUCUACCCGCAUAGGACGAAUACGCUUCUGUAA